UCUAAUAAAAUCUCCUCAUACGCAUCACUAUCACACGGUCCUCUGUCACAUAGAUUUGCUCCGCUUCAGUUACAGCAAUCUAGGCUGACUAUCCUCUACAGACAGCCAUUCAGAUGGGUAACGUACCCACUACAGUGAAGCAUUGCAUGAGCUAUGAGCAGCUUAUCGAGGAACAUCCCUGGCUGAGGCGCUGGCUGCUGCAAGAGAAGAUCAUUACACAACAUAAGUAUCCAGCAUUUGUGAAAAUUGUUGAAGUUGGGCCAAGAGAUGGACUUCAGAAUGAGAAGGAACUUGUUCCGACUAGGGUGAAAAUCCAGCUGAUUGACAUGCUCUCAGAAACAGGCCUUUCUGCAAUUGAGGCCACCAGCUUUGUCUCCUCAAAGUGGGUACCGCAGAUGGCUGACCACAGUGAAGUACUCCUUGGAAUCCAGAGAGCACCCCAUGUCCAGUACCCAGUUUUAACACCUAACAUGCAAGGUUUUCAGGAUGCUGUUGCGGCUGGCGCUUCUGAAGUGGCGGUGUUUGGGUCAGCAUCUGAAACCUUUUGCACAAAAAAUAUUAACUGUUCCAUUGAUGAAAGUAUGUCGAGGUUUGAGGAAGUCAUCAACACAGCCAAAGAACGACAGAUUCCAGUCCGUGGGUAUGUUUCUUGUGCCCUUGGGUGCCCCCACGAGGGACCCAUCGAACCCUCAAAGGUUGCUGAGGUGGCAAAAAGAUUAUAUGAUAUGGGCUGUUAUGAGAUUUCUUUGGGGGACACCAUUGGUAUUGGUACUCCAGGUUCCAUGUUUGAGAUGCUACAGAGGGUGGUAAAAGAUGUGCCCAUCAAUGCUAUUGCAGUUCACUGUCAUGACACAUAUGGACAAGCUCUUCCCAACAUUCUUACUGCACUUCAGAUGGGGGUGUCCGUGGUGGAUUCUGCAGUUGCAGGCCUCGGAGGUUGCCCCUACGCUCAGGGUUCAUCUGGCAAUGUUUCCACAGAGGAUGUUCUUUACAUGCUCCACGGCAUGGGCAUUGAAACAGGCGUAAAUCUUGCCAAAGUCAUAGAAGCUGGUGAUUUCAUCUGCAAUGCCUUAUGUCGCAAGACAAGCUCCAAGGUUGCCCAGGCACGAAGCAGGUUGCAGUGAUGUGUCCGUGUGAAAACACUGACUUAUUUUUAGUCUGAUCAUUUUAAAGGGUUUUUGCUGCCUUCACAUUUGUUGAUUCUCAUAUGAUUGAUUCUCAUAUGAUCUUCAGUGUCCAUAGAGUUUCAUUUUUUGUCGCCUUACAUUUCUCUUCAUAUAGACAGACUGUGAUCAAAUCAAACUGAAAUGUCACGUUGGAUUAGAAGCAGCUUUCUGUAGCUUGUUAUCUUCAUUAGUUAGGAGUAUAUCCAGUUCUGGUUUUUAGAUAACAUGUGGUAUCUGAUUCUAUUUACAACCUUCCCUCAUUAAUUUGGCUUUAUCACCUGUUAUUCUUUGGAUUGCUCAGUGGCCUUAUUAAAAAUUGGUCUGCCUCUGCUGCUCACUGAGUACUCCCUUUUGCUCUUUGAAUUUAGGCCUCCUUUUAUACCAGCUAUGUUAGCUGAAGGUGACAGGUGGGUACUCUGCAAAGAGUUGGGGAAAUUAACACUCUGGGGAGCUUUUGCCAUUUGCAAAAAGCCUGCAGAGGUUUUCCAAAGAUCACGAACGAAGAGGCCUUUGAUUUUUUCUCCUGUUUAAUCACCCCUUUUAAACCUGACAUUGAGGUACUGUGAAUCUAAAGAUGAAUGCCAUUUCAUUUUUCCAAGUCUGCCCUUUUGGCUGAAGAUUUUUUAUUUAAAACAUUAUCAAAUGGAUGGAUAGAAAGUAUAUAUUGUGUAUGAUUACAUUAAAAAGACCAUUCAGUGACAGGUGUCACCCAAGAUCGAUAAUUACUCUGAACUGGAUUAAAAAAUAUGAAACUCUAAUGAAUAGCUGAGGUAGUGUACAACAAUAUUUGCAUACAUUCAUGAAGCUAAGGAAAUUGUACACAUGGGGGGGUGCAUUUUCAUCGCAAGUUCAAAUAGCUAUCUGAAAUUUAAAUGAAGCAUUCAUCCGUCAAAUUCAGAGAUCUGCUGUAAAUCAAGGAUAAUUUUCUGCAAACUGAUAUGCAGAUUUGGGGGAAAAAACAAAAGAUGGCAGGUGUGCAAAGUAAUGUAAUGAUUUGAAAUGACAAACAACAGGAUUACUUACCUGAAAAUUGUGAUUUGAUAUGACUGGAGAAAAUAGAUGAAUGGCUAAUAAAAUAAGAGAAAAGAGCUGUCACAGUGUGCAGUGAUGUCUAAAUCUCUUUGUUUUACCAUGUUUUUUUGCAAUGCACCACAAGGUGAUUUUUAUGUACUGUGGAAUCUGACUAAAUUUGAGAGGGAAAAAAGAAAAAUGAAAAAACAACCAGACACAAAUGUUAAAGCUCUGACAGGAAAAAGAAAUGACACCUAUCAAAAGGUGGUAUAUACCUGGGAGUAACUGACUACUUUGUUCUUGAGGUUGGAGGUAGGCAAUGUUGGAGGUGUCAGAAUAUUUAAGUCUGAUAACCUGAGUCAGAGCUUGUCCAAACUACCUUUACAGGGUUUUUCUGCUUUAUGAAAGUUAAUGACCACCAACAAAGGUUAAGGAUGUACACUGAUAGCACAUGCUGGUUGUGUGCUUACUUUCAUUCUCAAAUUUCCCCGGAGAAAAAGUGAUAUAGUCAUGAAAAUCUUAUCUAUUGAUGUUUGCCCACAAACACAGCCGUUGCUGUUUUUUCAUGCAGAAGUGCAUGAAAACUAUUUCUACAGCCUUUACUUGUGAUAACCAGGUAUUGUCCUGUUCAGCCGAGGAGGAGGAACAUUUGCUUCAGACAUCUAUUCACUGCUAAAACUGUUUGACUCCCAUCAGCUUGCAUCAAGAAGAAAUAAA